AAGGAGCAGCGCUGUAGAAUGAGAAGGCAUUCAUGCAGCACACAGGAGACACAGUGUGUCAGAGAGCAGGGGAAGUCUGACCAAAGUGCUCGGCCUCUUCCUGCCUCACCAUCAGCUCAGGAAGUCGAAGCAGAAACAGAGGGGAGGGCUGACACUCACAAACAUAUUUUCCCUUUGCCUUUUAGUUUCUCCUUAUUCAGCCCUGCUCCGAUCAACAGGAGGAAGAAAGAGGGGGGCAGAUAGGAGGCGGGGUUUUAGAUGGAGCUCAGAGCAGCUCAGCAGUCAAACAGUCAAUCUGUGGAAAUAUGAUGGAGGCCAGCGUCGUUUCCCAGGACACAAGCCACUCAGGCCCUCUGCCAGGAGGACUUGACACUCCAUCCAUCCCCUCAUCCUCUCCCCUGCCUCCUCCUUCGCUGCCCUCCAACCCUCCAGCCAGACCAUGUCGACCCAAACCACCACCUCCUGCCCUGAAGUCCUCCCAGCUCCCCUCUCGGCCUCCUUUACCUCCUUCUGGCCCUCCAUCCCUCCCUCCUCCUCUCCCUCCUGUCCCUGCGCCGUCUCCCUCCCUCUCCUCCAACCCUCCCCUCCCAUCUCUUCCUCCCCCUCUAUCUCCCAUUCUGGUCUCUCCUUCUCCACUGCUCUCCCCCCAGCCACCAGCCGUCUCCUCUGAUCUGACUCCCUCUUCUCCUCUUCCUCCUCCAUUAUCUCCUACAUCAUGCUCUUCCUUGUCACUCCCUCCUCUAUCUCCUCAUGUGAUCCCACCAUCCUCACCAGUGCCUCCAUCGCUGAGUUUUAUGGAUCGGCUGGUUGGAAGCACCACUGUGUGGCAGCCCAAAGGACUCAGCCAAGACCAGAGCACCAGUAUACUGGAGAAAGAGACAGCUGGGGCAUUCCUGGUUCACAGUACAGAGGACAAGGCCACAGUGAUAUCAGUACGCAUGCCUGAUGAGCACACAGCACCGCCUGUACACAAUCUGCUGGUCAAACAUCACAAGAAGUUUGUUCACUUAGAUGGUUCCUCUCUGGUUUUUGAUGACAUCUUCAAACUCAUCUCCCUCUACUGUUCUAGCAGGGACAUCCUGGCUGUACCACUGAGGUUACCCCAGGCCAUUACCACAGCAACUAAGAGAGAGGAGCUGGAGGUCAUCUCUGCUUUGGGUGCAGAUUUCUGGUCAUCUGAUCUGAACCAUCCAGCUCAGAACCAGGACCUGGUUCUGGAUCAGAGCCACACCACUCAGCUUAGCGUGUUCCUGCACAUCAACCCAGUGAUUGUAGAGGAGAGGCCGGACAAAGACCUGAACCCUCCUUCUACCUCCAGACCUGAAGCCACGACCAUUCAGAACAUCACCACCUCCAUGCAGAACGGAGAAACCUCACCCAAAGUCACCCCACAGGUCAAAGGUCAGACUAAAACCACAUCCAACCAGGAGAUCAAGUACAAGCGCCCCCCACCCCGACCCCCCAGCCUGGGCUCGGGGUCUGGGAUGGGCCUCCUCUUCUCCUCUCCCCCCUCGCUGCAAACGUUACCCUCUGCAAGCCCAGAAGCCGAGAAAAAAGAGGAAGGAAGGGGAGGAGUGGGGGAGAGAGAAGAGAGGAAGUCAGUGUCAACAUCACCUCCUCCGCUGAGGCCUCCUGUCCCCCCGCAGAGUCGAGCUGCUCCCCCUCUACCUCCUGCUCCUCUCCGUCGCACCUCCUCCAGGAAAAGCACCGACCGAGAGGUAGGAGAGGGGACGGAGAGAGAGAAGGGACAAAAUCCUGCAAAGAAAACUGAGAGAGAGGGGGGAGGAGAGAGAGGAAAGCAGAAAAUGGGAAGUAAACCAGGUCUGCUGGGUGAACAAGAGAACAGUAGUCAGCAUCAAGAGGAGGAGGCGAGCAAGGACAGAGAACAGAGAGACAGAGACGAUGAGAGGGAGGAAAAAGAGGUGAAAACUGACAAAGAGGACAAACUAAAAUCUGGCUCCCAGCACCCACCGCUGGGAAAGAAACCGUCCCGUCCAGUCCCUCCUCCCAGGACCAAACCCUGUUCCCCAGAAUCACCUGCAGGAUUAGCCAAUCAGAGCCCUGGGAUGAGAAUACCUCCUCCAUCCCCAGCACGGCGACCAGAUGUGUCACUGUAUUCACCACAGGGGGGCGCUGUGCUGGCAACAGACCCGGACUCCCUCUCCACCAGCAGCACCGAGGAGGAAGCAGAGCUGAACCAGGAACAGGAACAAAACCACAAUCGCCUUGCAGAGAGCCGCAGCCCCAGAGCAGCCGUCAGAAGAACCCCGACCACCGUGAUGCUGGACCGAGCUCGCUACCGGCUGUCCACCGUCCUCACCGGACUCAUCAGCCAUGACCGCCGCCUCACACAGCGCAUCGUAGAGCUGGCCAGGGACCCUCUCAGCUACUUUGGAAACCUGGUUAAAGAGCACCGUGCCUUCACCUUGGAGACCAUGUCAAACCACCCGUCCUCCACCGAGCUGCUGCAGGAGAUCAGACAGAUGAUGACUCAGCUGAAGAGUUACCUCCUGCAGAGCACGGAGCUGCAGGCCAUGCUGGAGCCACAGCACCAGUACACACAGGACAAACUGGAGAGCAUUGUAGAAGCUGCUCUGUGUAAGAGUGUCCUGAAGCCACUGAGGGAACCAAUCUAUCAGAAUCUGGAGAAACUGCACACCAACGACAGCAGCCUCAAACAACUGGCACAGAACCAGUCUGUUGUCCUGGGCAGCACCACUACAGCAUUAGGAAUAACCACUGCAGUCCCAGAGGCCUCUGCCAUGGAGAAGAUCAGCAUCAAACUGAACAAUCUCCAUCAGGAGUAUUCUCCCCAGAAGAAGAUCGAGCUGCUGCUGAAGGCCUGCAAGAUCAUUUAUGACUCCAUGUCAGUCAGCUGUCCAGGGCGGGCCCACGGCGCUGAUGACUUUCUGCCUGUAAUGAUGUAUGUGUUGGCUCGAUCCAACCUGUCUGAUCUGCAGCUGGAUGUUGAAUAUAUGAUGGAGCUGAUGGACCCGUCAUUAACACUAGGAGAAGGUUCCUAUUACCUGACCACCACCUAUGGGGCUGUGGAACACAUUAAGACCUUCGACCAGCAGAGGUCAGCAACACGGCAGCUCAGCAGAGAGGUUCAGGACUCCAUCCACCGCUGGGAGAGAAGACGAACACUCAACCAGGAACGCAUGGCCCAGGGAUCUGUUCGGGACUUUCUGACAGUGUGCUGUCCAGAGAUUGGAGCCAACCCCAAAACCCUGGGUGUCCUACCCACGACAACAAUGGAACAGCUAGCUGAGCAGUGUGCUGCACGCUUCGAACAAGAGUCCUAUGUGCUCAGUGUGUAUAUGGAUGGCGUUCACCAGCCCAUGGCCCCUACAGAGUUGGCCCUUGGUGUGAAGAACAGCUGCCAACCAGGAGCCUACUGCUUCGUCUAUCACCCGAUGGGUCAAACCAUCGUCCAGCCGAGCCGCAGCUGCCCCACCGACCCUCCUCCUGCUCCGCCUGCACACAGCUUCUUCCCGGCGGACAUGGAGGCUGUCGGUACGGUGGAGGCAAAGGCAGAAGAGGAGAGUCUGAUUAGCUUGUAGCUGCCCUAGCAUUGUGGUGGUAACCAUGGUAACUACAUCACAGCGGUGCCUGCGUUAACACAGUAGUGAAAAGCGGAGGGAAACAAAGAUUUAGGAAUGUCUUUAAAUCUCAGGUCUCGCUUGAAAUAUUGGUCUAAUUGAAAUUUCUGUAAAAACACAAACACAAAACAAGAAUGACUGAUGUGAAUUAGUGCAUGCAGGGGAACAUAAAAUCCUGUUUUAUACGAGCUUAACUCUGACUGGUCUGGUGCUACGUGCUACAUAAAUCACCAGAAAAAGCAGCAACUAAAUAAAAUGAGGCAUAAAAGACUUCUUUUGUAUCUAAAUGUGGGGUCUGGAACCUCAGGGACUGCAGGAGGAGGUGGUUUUAUAGAAUGUAAAAACACAUGUAAUGCUAACAUACAUUUAUAUAUAAUCAUGUUUAUACCGUUUACAACUUACUAUACUUGAUGUUACUGUCUCUGUUGCAGCUUGUCAAACAGUACUGGACUGUAUAAUUACUGUUUACUGGAUUCACGAUGAUGUUAACAGGAUGAAUCUGUAAAGUCCACCACAUUUCCAUCAGUUUUACUUUGUGAAAAGCAGCUGCUUGAACACCUUCAAUUGGAAAAAACCUUUGAAACAAUUUGUACUUAAAGUGCAGGUUUUAUAUCAGCUAUAUGAAGAAAAAUCCCCAGUAAGUAUCAUAAGGUGUUAUUUCACACUCAUCUUUUAUACAGAUACUGACCUUUCUGUAAAUAAACAUGUUACAACUUG